GUUUCCUAGAGAAGUGAACCGUACGGCGUCAUGGCGGAGGCCGGUUGUCGGAAGAACCUGGACUGAAAUGCCAGCUUUCUGCAAUCACAGCUGACCGUGGAGCACUUAACUUUGCCUACACCUCGAACUGAAAGGGGGAGUUAUUUGAUUUUUUUGGUGGGAGAGGACAACCAGCAUUUAUACAAGUUUCUCCUGAACUGAUUAUCCGGGCUGCUCUCCCUGACUGGGGGAUAGCUAGCUGGCUACGCGUUAGCUAUCAGCGGCUGCUAGCUUCUGAGGUGAAAUAAAAGAAGAAAGGAGCCACGGGGAGGUGGAUUAAAUCAUCUUUCUCGCUGGAGUUCACCAGGUUAGCCACGUCGACGAUAAUACUGCAGGUUGGUCCGGGGGAAGUCUGUGUUCGUGGACUUCAACAUGGCGGGACGCAGUGAGGAAGAGAGCGUGAGCAACAGCAGCGGGGAAUCAAGUAAUUCUGACGAUGAAUCCGGUUCUGGAUCGGGGUCCGGCUCAGGCUCAGGCUCAGGCUCCAGUUCCAGCUCCUCCAGCAGCAGCAGCCAAUCAGGGAGCAGUGACUCAGGUAGUGGCUCAGACUCCGGCAGCCAGUCCGACUCUGACAACGGGAAAUCCAAGGAGAAGACCGAAACGCCAAAUAAGUCCAACAUUGACGGAGCUGAGUUCUGGAAGUCCAACCCAAGUAUCCUCGCAGUGCAAAGAUCUGCUAUGCUCAGGAAACAGCAGCUUCAGCAGCAGCAGCAGCAGCAGCAGCAACAGCAGAGACAAAGCUCCUCCAACAGUGGAUCAGAUGGGGACUCGUCGAGCAGCGAUGAAUCAGACUCAUCGAGCGGAUCCAAAAGGAGACGAAAUUCAGGCUCCUCUGACUCUGGAUCGGGUUCUGGAUCUGGGAGUGGAUCUGGAUCAGAUUCAUCGGCAGGGGAAAGAACUGACGAGACGGCAUCAGACUACGAGCCCAGUCACAAAAUCAAAAGCAAAAAGCCUCCGACGAAGAUGAAUUUCCGAAACGGAAAGAAAAGCAGUAACCAGAAGAAGAAAACCCAGAAGGGUUCGUCCUCUGACGACGAUGACGAGAACUACAAGAAGUCGGCGUCCGCGGGUCCACGGCGGCAGGCCACAGUCAACAUCAGCUACAAGGAGGACGAGGAGCUGAAGACGGACUCGGACGACCUGGUGGAGGUUUUGGGUGAAGAUGUACCGCAGCCUGAGGAAGACGAGUUUGAAACACUGGAGCGAGUGAUGGACAGCAGGAUAGGACGGAAAAAAGCAACGGGAAGUGUAACCACUGUAUACGCUGUUGAAGCAGACGGAGACCCAAACACCAACUUCGAACCCAACAAAGAGGCCGGGGACGUCCAGUAUCUGAUAAAGUGGAAGAAUUGGGCGCACAUCCACAACACCUGGGAGACGGAGGAUACGCUCAAGCUACAGAACGUGAAGGGCAUGAAGAAGCUGGAUAACUUUAAGAAGAAGGACCAGGAGAAGAAGAGAUGGUUAAAGGCAGCUUCCCCGGAGGACAUCGAGUACUUCAACUGUCAGGAAGAGCUGAUGGACGACCUGCACUCUCAGUACCAGCUUGUAGAGAGAAUCAUAGGACAUUCAAACCAGAAGUCUGCGGCAGGUUACCCGGACUACCUGUGUAAGUGGCAGGGGUUACCGUACUCAGAGUGCAGCUGGGAGGACGGAGCGCUGAUCUCCAAGAAGUUCCAGAAAUGCAUCGACGAUUACAUGUGCCGAAAUCAGUCCAAGAACAUUCCUUUCAGAGACUGCAAGGUGCUGAAACAGAGGCCGAGGUUUGUGCCCAUGAAGAAGCAGCCAACUUACAUCGGAGGAGAUGGGCUGGAGCUCCGAGACUAUCAGCUGGACAGCUUGAACUGGAUGGCCCACUCCUGGUGCAAAGGUCACAGCUGCAUCCUCGCUGAUGAGAUGGGCUUAGGAAAGACCAUCCAGACCAUCAGCUUCCUUAACUACAUGUUCAAUGAUCACAUGCUGUACGGACCCUUUCUGCUGGUCGUGCCUCUGUCCACGCUCACGUCAUGGCAGAGAGAGAUCCAGCUGUGGGCUCCUCAGAUGAACGUUGUGGUUUAUCUAGGAGACAUCGGCAGUAGGAACAUGAUCAGGACGUACGAGUGGAUGCACGUUCACAACAAGAGACUGAAAUUCAACAUCCUCCUCACCACAUAUGAGAUCCUUCUCAAAGACAAGUCGUUUCUGGGAAACGUUAGCUGGGCCUUCAUCGGCGUGGACGAGGCCCAUCGACUGAAGAAUGACGACUCCCUCCUCUACAAGACCAUGAUCGACUUUAAGUCCAACCACAGGCUUCUGAUCACUGGAACGCCUCUGCAGAACUCUCUGAAAGAGCUCUGGUCCCUGCUGCACUUCAUCAUGCCUGAGAAGUUCCACUCGUGGGAGAUUUUCGAGGAGGAUCACGGUAAAGGCCGAGACUCGGGUUACACCAGUCUACACAAAGAGCUGGAACCGUUUCUGCUGCGUCGAGUGAAAAAGGACGUGGAGAAAUCUCUUCCCGCCAAAGUGGAGCAGAUCCUCCGAGUGGAGAUGAGUGCCAUCCAGAAACAGUAUUACAAAUGGAUCCUCACCAGGAACUACAAGGCUCUGAGUAAAGGUACCAAAGGCAGCACAUCAGGCUUCCUGAACGUCAUGAUGGAGCUGAAGAAGUGCUGUAACCACUGUUACCUGAUCAAACAUGAGGACAACGAGUUCCUCAACAGAGCUGAAGCCUUACAGCAACUGAUCCGCAGCAGUGGGAAGCUGGUCCUGUUGGACAAACUGUUGGUGCGUUUAAAGGAGCGAGGACACCGAGUCCUCAUCUUCUCUCAGAUGGUACGGAUGCUGGAUAUUCUGGCUGAAUACCUGAAGAGUCGGCAGUUCCUCUUUCAGAGAUUAGACGGCUCCAUCAAAGGAGAGAUGAGGAAGCAGGCAUUGGAUCACUUUAAUGCAGAGGGCUCAGAGGAUUUCUGCUUCCUGUUGUCAACGCGUGCCGGUGGUCUGGGAAUCAAUCUGGCCUCGGCUGACACCGUCGUCAUCUUCGACUCGGACUGGAACCCUCAGAACGACCUGCAGGCUCAGGCCAGAGCGCACAGGAUCGGACAGAAGAGACAGGUGAACAUCUACCGUCUGGUGACACGCGGCUCGGUGGAGGAGGAAAUCAUUGAGAGAGCGAAGAAGAAGAUGGUGCUGGACCAUCUCGUUAUUCAGAGGAUGGACACGACGGGGAAAACGGUCCUACAUACGGGUGCUGCCCCCUCCAGUUCGGCACCGUUCAACAAAGAGGAGCUGUCGGCCAUCCUGAAGUUUGGUGCGGAGGAGCUUUUCAAAGAGCUGGAGGGAGAGGAGCAGGAGCCUCAGGAAAUGGACAUCGACGAGAUCCUCAAAAGAGCAGAGACGAGAGAAAACGACCCCGGGCCGUCCACAGUGGGAGAAGAGCUCCUGUCUCAGUUCAAGGUCGCCAACUUCUCCAUGAUGGAGGAAGAAGAGAUCGACAUCGACUCUGAGCGCAGUCAGAGGAGCUGGGACGACAUCAUUCCUGAGGAGCAGAGGAGGAGGAUGGAGGAGGAGGAGAGGCAGAAGGAGCUGGAGGAGAUCUACCUGCUACCACGUAUGAGGAACUGUGCCAAACAGAUAAGCUUUAACUCCAGUGGAGGUCGGCAGAGCAGGAACAGGCGGUACUCCGGGUCCGACAGCGACUCGCCUUCAGACAGAAAGAGGCCAAAGAAACGAGGACGACCACGAACCAUUCCAAGAGAAAACAUCAAGGGCUUCACCGACGCCGAGAUCAGAAGGUUCGUCAAAAGUUACAAGAAGUUCGGAGGACCACUUGAGAGGUUGGACGCCAUUGCUCGGGAUGCGGAACUCGUCGAUAAGUCCGAACAUGACCUCAAACGUUUGGCAGAGACGCUUCAUAACGGCUGCGUGAGGACGCUACGGGAAAACCCCUGUGGACCAGAGAAGACCUCAGGUAAACAAACAGGAGGAAGAAGAGGGAAGGUAAAAGGUCCCACCUUCAGGAUCUCUGGAGUCCAGGUGAACGCCAAGCUGGUGAUCUCCCACGAAGAAGAGCUGGCUCCACUUCACAAAGCCAUUCCCGCUGACCCCGAGGAGAGGAAGAAGUAUAUGAUUCCAUGCCACUCAAAGGCAGCGCACUUUGACAUUGAUUGGGGGAAGGAGGACGACUCCAGCCUCCUCAUCGGGAUCUACGAGUACGGAUACGGCAGCUGGGAGAUGAUCAAGAUGGACCCCGACCUCAACCUCACACACAAGCUCCUACCCGAUGACCCCGACAAGAAGCCUCAGGCCAAACAGCUGCAGACACGAGCGGACUACCUCAUCAAGCUGCUGAGCAAAGACCUGGCCAAGAGAGAAGCACAGAAACAAGCAGGGACGGCGAACUCGCGGAAAAGGAAACCAAGGAGUAAAAAGAGCAAAACUCUGAAGCCAACGAAGCCAGAUGAGGUGAUAAAGAGCACGUCAUCGGAGCCGUCGUCGGACAAGAGAUCGGACGAUGAGGACGAAGUGGAGGAGGAGAAGCCCAUCGUUCCUGUGAAGCCGCUGAACAGGAGGAGCCGAGCCGAGAGGGUGGUGGUGGUGAAGCAGGAGGAAGAAGAAGAAGAGGAGGAGGAGGAGGAAGACAACGACGAUGACGACGACGAGCCUGAGGAGGACGGGUCUUCAUCGGGGGAGAGGGAGGUCAAAGGAAAGGAGAUCAAAAAAGAGGUGAAAAAGGAGAAGAAGGAGGACAGCUGGGACAUCAAGGAGAAGGAGCCGAAAGAGAGGAAGGAAGUGAAACCUCUGGAGGCGAUUCACAAACAAGAGGAGAGCACAGAGAAGCAGAACGAAGUGAAGCCUGAGGUACGAGAGCGAACAAAGAAAGCCUCUGACGUCCCGGUUCAUAUAACGGCGGGUGGAGAGAACGUCCCAGUGUCUGAGGAGUCUGAAGAACUGGACCAGAAGACUUUCAGCGUGUGUAAAGAGCGGAUGCGGCCGGUGAAAGCAGCUCUGAAGCAGCUGGACCGACCGGAGAAAGGACUGUCUGAGCGCGAGCAGCUGGAGCACACGAGGCAGUGUCUCAUCAAGAUCGGAGACCACAUCACCGAGUGUCUGAAGGAGUACUCCAACCCUGACCUCAUCAAACAGUGGAGAAAGAAUCUGUGGAUCUUUGUUUCUAAAUUCACCGAAUUCGACGCCAGAAAACUUCACAAACUCUACAAACACGCGAUCAAGAAGAGACAAGAGAACGCCCAGGCCAUGGAGCAGAACACCAGAAACCAGAACACACACGGUUACAAACACGCAGACAUCGAGAGGCUGAAGGAUAACUCCCAUCAGGACGAGAGCAGCAGAGACAGCUGCAGCUCCGACAGACACCCGCCGUCGGGUCGAUUCCACGAGGGCGGCAGCAGCAAGGAGAGACACUCGUCUGAGUCCCACAGGAAGACGUCAGGAGGAGGAGGAGGAGGAGGAGGAGGAGACUCAAGGAAGAGGCCGUACUCCUCCUUCAGCAAUGGGAAAGAGCACCGAGACAGAGACCACUACAGACCGGACAGCCGGGACAGAGACAGCCGAGACCGAGAUCGAGACCGAGACCGACCGGACAGAGACCGACAGGACAGAGACCGACAGGACAGAUUCUACAACGAUAGUAAGCACAGGAAGCUGGAGGACUUCCGGCCGAGCAGAGACCACCGCUCGGACUUGAAGGAUCACUCAGACCACCGCUCCUCCUACAGAUACCACUCAGACUGGCAGAACGAGCAGCGCGCCUCGGCCAGCGGACCCCGCUCCCCCCGAGACCAGCGCUCCCCGUACGACUCCCGCUCCCCGCUGGGUCACCGCUCGCCCUUCGACUACUCGUCGGACCACAAGAGCACGCCGGAGCAGAUCUGGAGCAGCCGCAAGACAUAACAGGAGCUGCGGGGUCUGCGCGUAGCAGCCAUAGACUCACACACAGCGAGAUGCCUUACAGGGACUGAAGCUGCAGCGGUCUGAAGCAGCCGUCACAUCAGCGCGGCUCCUCCUCUGCAGCCGCACAUCACCUCGGGAACCUGCAGGACGAGCGCCGGGGAGCGGCUCCACGGGCAGCAGAUUAAAGAAUCAUAUUUUUCUAUUUAAGAGUUUAAAGCUGCGCCGCGCGGCAGGCAUUUGGCGUGCGUUCGGCAUGCGUCCGGCGUGCGUGGGCUCAGCGGCACGCAGCUGGAUUUUUGUUAUUUUUGUAAACUUUUUUUAAACUCUGGACACAGUCGACCCUGAGUGCUGCCUCAUCCUCCCGUCUCCUCUCGACACUGGAUCCCGUCUGACUGUUUGUAUGUUUGUCUGUCCGUCUGUCUCUCUAUCAUGCUACCUUAUUUAAGUGUUAACUCGAUGAGACGUCACAAGAAUCACAGAACAGGUUGAUGUAAAGGUGGAGCCACCUGAAGUACCUCAUUUACAGCAUUUCUCAUGUCCUCGGCAGGUUUUCUGUUUCCACCUGGUGUGAAUUAUUUAAUAACAUAUCCUAGAUGUAAAAAAAUAACCUGAAUUUUUUUAGAGCGACUUGUAUCAUGUUGUUUUCUUGGAUAAUGCUGUUGUACAUUUUUGUAAGAUAGUAAAUCAGUGGUCUUUUUUCCUCAGGCUUUUGGGAUUUAUUAUGACUCUACUUUUCCCCAUCGACUCAGGCUUUUUCGUCGUUCUCCGAGUGAGUUUCUGUACUAUAGAUCUUUCGUUAAUGCUUUCAGAAUGUAACUUUUGGUAAAGGGAAAGUUCUUACUCAGUUUUUCUCACUAGUGCUUAGUUCUUUUGUCUCCAUGUCGAAUCAGCGAGCUGAGAGAAGCUACUUUUUGAAAUCACGUCUAUUCUUUGAUAGAAGCUCCUGUUAGAUCUAAAACUCUAGACUUCUUCUUUUCUUUGAUUUUCUACGUAGGCAAUAAUAAUGUCAAUGUUUCUAUGCAGCCAAGUAUAUUUGUGAUGAACCAACCCAACUGAAUGAAGUCACUGUUACGGUUCACACUGUUGUACAUAAAUUUCCUCUAUAUUUGAAAAUGAAUUUACACUGAAAGUGCAUGAAUUUUUAUGAACUGUUUUAUAUAGUUGUUUAUGAAGCCAUUAAAAUCAAUCACUGUACUCACUCGUACCAACUCUCCUA